AUGGGCGCCUCGAUGGGCGCUGUGCAAAUGUGGGGCAGUAACAAAACCGCUAAAUUUCUCAUGCCGCUAUUGAGUAAGAAUAAAAGAAUGACAGCGAUGGCGAAAGUGCAGGAAGAUGCGGAGGCACAGGGAAUUGAAAUUCCCCCCUUCUUCUCCGACAUUGACGAAGAUUCGGGUAUGCCGAAGCUGUUUGCGAGUCAUGUUGAACAGGAUUCUGUGGUAGAAGCUGUGCAGGAGGCUGUUCACCGCGCUGAAACCGAACUGCAAGCAGAAACCGGUGAAGUAUUUGAACAGCCACUGCCCAAAACAGUUUUCUACACCAUGGACACGCAGACCGAGAGUCCCAUUUGGCUAGUAUUUCAUAUCGCUUGCUUUUAUUAUUAA